AGAACGAAUGCAGAUGAUUAUAUUUCAGUAGUUUCUUUGUUAAGUGUUUCGCGGCGGUGUAUUACAUCAAUUAACCCAUGAACUUUGAGACCGUGCAUUGCAGCACACCAUCGCAAUAAUUUUAAUAUCGCAAUUAUUUAAAAGCACGUUGAAGUACGGGAAAAAGGAAGCUAAUCGUUCAAUUCUUCUUGUUGGUAUCAAUAAACUUAUUUAAACUCAUUUUAACUGCUUUUCGCUGGUUAAAUUUGUUCCCCUUGUUAAUCACACUUGUCGCUGGCGUAGGCGAUUUAUAACAAUACAUUAGUUAUUAGUAAAUAUAAUUUCCUGAGUAGUAUGGCGUCUGGAGAUUACCAGUCAGUGUUGCCAACGGACGAGUUGUCGUCCGCCUCAAUGGAUCUGGCGGGAAACUCUACCUUGGCCCCCAUCCACUACCCAAGGGAGGCGACGAUCUUCGCCGCCGUGUGCAGCAUCUUGUUCAUCGUCGUCGGCGUGGCGGGUAACUUGACGACCAUCGUGGCGCUGUCUCGCAGCGUAAAGCUCCGUGUGCACGCCACCACCGCGUUUGUGAUCAGCCUCUGCGUCUCCGACCUCUUGUUCUGUACCAUCAACCUGCCGCUCACUGCCUCCAGGUACAUCCACGAGGCGUGGGUGCUGGGGGACACUUUGUGCAGCGUCUUCCCCUUCUUCUUCUACGGCAACGUGGCGGUGUCGCUCCUCAACCUCGUUGCCAUCACUCUUAACAGAUACAUCCUGAUUGCACAUCACAGUAUCUACGACCGCGUGUACCGGCGCGUCAACCUGUACAUCAUGAUACUAGCGAUGUGGUUGUUUGCGUUCGGUAUUAUGGUCCCCCCUCUGCUGGGGGUGUGGGGGAGUCUGGGGCUGGACCCCCAAUCCUUCUCAUGCACCAUCCUCAAGAAGGAUGGCAAGUCCCCGAAGAAAUUCCUCUUCCUCAUGGGCUUCCUUCUGCCGUGCGUCAUGAUCAUCGUCUGCAACAUGGCCAUUUUCUUCAAGGUGUGUCAGUCCCGCCGUAAUCUCGCGACGCUGCGCAGCACCUCUUCGUCAGCAGCGCCCGGGUCUGUGUCGCCCCUCAAGAAGCCCUCGUCGUUCCCGACGGUGCGCAAGGAGGACAUUCGUCUCGCCGUCAUGAUCGCCAUCAUCUUCCUGUGCUUCAUCCUCUCCUUCCUGCCGCUCAUGAUCGUCAACGUAUUCGAUGAUGAUCCAAACUCUCAGGUGGUGUACCCAAGCAUCCACGUGGUGGCCUCUGUUCUGGCGUGGGCGUCUGCAGUAGUCAACCCCUUCGUGUACGCCGUCACCAACCGCCAGUACCGUUCGGCGUAUCGCAAGCUCUUCUGCGGUUCCCGCACCCGGCGCGAUGCGUCCCACCGGCCCCACGACCACGACAAAAGCAACUCGUCCAAGACCUACAUCACUGAAUUCCAGUACCACGCGUCCACUGCACAGGUCACAUCAACGCCGCUGCAGCAGCGACAGGCUGCUAACAACAAGCCUCUUAUUUAAAACACGACAGGUCAAAUGUCGUUGAAAGGAAACGUGGAAGUCAUCGUGAACAUUUUCUUUUAUCUGUCGAGAUGCAAAUAGAACCAUCCAUAGACGCUACAGUGGAAAGUAUCGUUAUCGUAAGGCAGCGAACAAUUGACCUCACAUUUUAGGUUAUAUGAAGAUUAGGUGAACUAUCUUUCGCACUUCUCGUGAACGCCUAGUAAUUUUUUGGUUGCUAAACGAAGGGGUUUUUAACAAUCGAUUUUAUAUUAUAAUAUUUUAACAUUUAAUUUCAGUUUUGUUUCAGAUGCUUGCAAAACCUGUUUUCUUAGUAAAUGUUAUUAAAUAGAGUCAAUUGCGAAAAAAUUGAGAGCCUUAGAAAAUGAAAUUUGAAGUUUCAUGUUCUUACAAUGAAGUAAUGCGAAAACUUUUUUGAUGAGAAUGUAUUGGUGAGCUUUUUCAUCUUUGAAUGCGUACUUCGAUGUGAUGUGAAUUUUUUAUUGAUCAAAACCCUACGAAAGCUACAAUCUUGAUGCUACUGACUGAGCAGCUCACAGUCGCUGUUGAAUUUCAAAAUCAUUAAAAGCAAAGGAAAAAAUCCGUUUUAAAAUGGUUUUAUAAAAUUUCGCUGUCAUUUAUAGACAUGAAGCGUGCGUGAAAGAAAACAUAGCACGGUGUUCAUUCUGGUUAAAAUUUUGAAUUUACCAUGAACGUAGUCAAAUAUUUUAAGAGAGUUGGAAUGGCAAGGCACUGUAGGAAUGGAAGCAAAUUUGCGACUGCAUGUAGGAACAGACAAAGUAAAUUUUCCGCGUCGCUUGAAUGCUUGGAACUGACCGUUGAAAAUAAGAAGUGCACAGAAAUAACGAAAGUUGAAACCAAUUCAGCGCAAGCACGCGAAACGAAAGAAGGUUAAAUGUGUAUAGUAAGAAGUGCGUUCUGCAGCAGGUACGAUACUGGUGUGUACAAUCUACAUUUUCCUUACUAAUUUACAUGUAUUAGCUUUAAGGCAUUGUAGUUUUUAAGUCCUUCAGUAUUGAUAACUUUGUCUUAGUCUCGCAUCCUUGUAAAUCUGCAACAUAUCACAUUGCUACGUAAUUUCCGAGUCUUGUUGAAAAAUCCACGUUAUAGUCAAUUUUUGGUCCGUAAAGAUGUUUAUAAUAAUUCUUUAUGACAAUCUGUUCCACGUUGCUGCUAACAAAAUCAGCAGUUGAUCUUUUUUUUUUUUU